CCACCUUCGACUACUACUACCAUCAGCAUCCCUCCACCUCCGUUCCUCCGAGAAUGAAGACUGCCCACAGCUUGGACGCCGACCUCUCCGAGAUACAGCGUGGCCUGCGAUCGAUGCUCAAGAUGUCCUCCUAAACCUCGCGUUGGGCCAUCGCACUACACACACUCCCCUUUUCUUUUUUGUUUUAUUCUUCUUCUUCUACUGGGUUUAUUUGUGAAGGUACUUUUUCUCCAUCGAGGAAAUGCUUUCUUUUUUUCUCCGGUUUGUGCACACCCUUUCACAUUACACUUCUUCUCCCCUUCUAUUGUACUAUAUUUUCUCUCUCUUCUACCGAUUGUACACACGCUGCAGAACACACAGUCCUGUUAUAUGUUUAGGGACGUUCUCAGGUGUCAAUCCCUUUUCUUUUCUUUCAAAGCACUUUUCAAAUCCAAGAAGCGAUCUCACACCUCCUCAUCUGACUCUGGGAAACGAAACGAAUCACAGCAAGAACCACAAGACUUUUUUGGCCUGUUUCAAAGCCAUUUUUUUCUUCGCGCUCACACACUAUUUCACCUACUCACUGACUCACACUUCCCCACGAGCACACAUACACUCUCUCUCUGGGCAUCAUUUGCCCUGUUUCUUUAUGACUCAAACCUCUUCUAGCUAUUCUCCCAAACACCCAACCAACUAUCCCCCUUUUGACUUCUGUGCUCCCCCCCUCCCCCGGCUUUCCCCAUUCCCCUCCCCCAAAAAAAAAAUAAAAUUCAUCCAAAUUUUUGGCUGAGACACAAAAAAAGAGCAAAGGCGCAUGAUGAUGGUUCGUUGUUGUUGUUGUUGUUAUUAUUGGCUUCCAAAUGUAGUAUAGUUACUGCUGCUGCUGCUAGCUAAACAUAGACGACGACGUUGUUUGUUGUGUUUGGUAUUACACCAAAGAAAAACAUUCGCUUGAAUUUGGAUAAAGUGCGGCGGGCGUCUGUGCGAACCUUCUCUGCCUUUUGCUUUGGUGGAUGAAUCUAAAUGACGUGUGUGU